AUGCGGGGGAAAGAUGUCACCGUGGAUAACGACGUGAUGAAGAAAGUCUUCAGGUUCAACCUAGUCGGAAAACGAAGCAAACCGGCGGAUUUCAACGCAAAGACGAGUUGGAAGGAACUUUCCCCCGACACUACAUGGGACUCCCGUGGCAUGCCGAACGGCUUAGUUCAAGACUUAGCCACAGUGGUUGUGCACCGAUUCAUCGCCUAUAACAUCACGGGGAAAAAGGAGGCGAACAAACUGAGUGAAACCGAGCUCUAUCUUGUAUGGGCAAUGCGCGCGGGAGUGAAGGUGUGUUCGAUGACUUUUUUGCAAAACUCCUUGCAAGAGGUGGCUCUCGAAAAAUGUGGCAUACCGGCUCUCGGACACGUUGUGACGGCUUUGGCCAAACACUUCGGCAUCCCCGAUCAACCCGUAUUUAUCGACGCGACGUGGUCCAUGGAAGGCGAUCCAAUGAGGUGUAUUAAUGAACAUGAGCUCCGGCAAGCCGACCUCAUUCAAAACUGA